AACAGUUAAACGGGAAAUGUCUCAUCCGCAGCAUCCGAUUGUUUGCUUUGAGAAUAAUAUAUAAAACCUUUCAACAAACACUAUGAUUUUGGGUCGCAUCAUCAUCUUCUAUGAUGAAUCCUGACCAAGCACCCUAUCCUACUAACAAAUUUUCAGGUUCCUGGCGCUUGUGGGGUGUAAGCACAGAGUAAAUCAGCUGCCCUAGUAGCAACCUGCGCUAACUAACAUUCCCGUCCCUUAAAAUCGAGGUCUACAAACUGACAUGGCGGGCGCCGUUGGUGGCCAAUGACUGUUACCUAUUCGCAACUGAUCUAUUUUUCCCCACGAUUAUCUCAGAACUGGCUGAACCGAUUUUGGCCGGAUCUGCCUUAUUCUGUUCGUUUUUGGGUCCCCUAAGACCCUAUUAAAUUUUAUCCUGUUUAAUGAAGUACUUUUAAAGUUAUGCCAAGAAACUUUUUUUUGUAGCUACAAAAAAGGGUGAUAUUUGCAUAACCUCAAUGGCCGGAUCAUUUUGCUUACGAGCGAGAGUCGCGCAGCAUGCGUAGGGAUUUUGGUCUGACCACGCGGGGGAUUGGCAGCCACACCCCCUUGCAUGCGUAUCGCCCGGUUGCCACAUUGCUUAAGCAGUGUCUGCGUCACUUCUGGAAAAAAUCUGUAUUAAUUAUGUUGCUGCAUAAUUUUGUCUAGACAAAGAUUUACACGAACUUUUUACUGAAAUAUAUAACUCAUGGGACUUUCUCCUUUAUUUUGGAGAGUUGGUAAAAAAAAAGAAUUGAAAAUUGCUGUUCAAGUAAAAUCAAUAAUUAUAAAAAAUAAAUGAAAAAAAAAUAAAAAAAACUCUUAAAUUAAUUUGUAAAUACAACCUAGAAUACAACAUGAAUAUGAGGAAGGCACCAACCACCUUAAGGUGGAUUAAGUAACGUUUUUUUAUUUGACCUCACCAUCGUGUUCCCCGGCCAAUUUUACAUAAGAAUCAUUUAUCGACAGAAAUGAAUAUGUUUCGUUCCAGAGAUAUCGAAUUUUAAAGUUUUGUGUUUUCGAAAUUGCCUACGUGAGCUUCAUUCGCUGCAUCUGCUAGAAGCACACAGGUGGUCUGAUCAAUAACUACUACCUGGCCAUUUAUUGAAAUAAUAUUUCAUCAUAAUUAAUCUUCAUCAAAUUGGGCAAAAAUUAACUGUAUAACACUGUAGGAAUCUGGAGUUUAAUCGCGAAUGUUUCAAAAAAAUCAAAUUAUUCGCUCUACAGCAUUGCCUUGGCGUUCUCGAUUACGAGAUUUCUACUCGAAACUAGGUGUCCGAAGGCUUGAUUGUUGAGGCAAUUGUAAACCUCUUUUUACACCUUAGCUUCCAUCCACCCCGGGAUUCGAACUGAAGACCUUUGGAUUGUUAGUCCAACUGCCUACCAGCGACUCCACCGAGGCAGGACCCAGGGAGACGACUCCUACACCUGGACUGAGCUAUCGACCUAACCUCUAGGUUAGACCGGGACCAACAUUUACUUCCCUGUCCGACGGAAGGCGUGAUCAGACAAAUCUCGUCUCAAAAUUUGCCACCGGGACCUCUUGGGAUCGAACCCAGGCCGACUGGGUGAGAGGCAAUCACGCUUACCCCCUACACCACGGUCCCGGCAAUCGCGAAUGUUUAUCUGCUCAAAAAAAAAAUAAAAAAAUAAUAAGGUGAAUUUUUUGUGCUAACCCACAGGACAGAGCAAUAACGACACACAGUAAAGGGCAGAAUUGGAUUCCGACGGAGCGAGCAGGAAAAUGCAAUUAAUCUUGUUAGUAACACUGAACAAUAAGUGCACGAUACAUUAUUGAGUAAAACAUAUGAAUUAAAAUGAAUAAAAUUUGUUGAUACGUUGUACUCUAAUGAAGAACGAUCACAAGGAGUAGAAAAAGGAUUUCUGGAAAGUAUAAAACUGAAAAAUGUAAGAAAAUCACAAAGUUUGAUCUGCGGCUAAUUCCCCAUAUUUAGUUGCGAUGAUAUCGAUACCCUCCGAACAACAGUGUUUUUUUUCUUUUAUCAUUCUUGGAUUCUUGGAACACAAUACAACUGCUGUCCUCACGUAUAAGGUUAUUUUUGGAUUAAAUGUAACUUGACCAAAAUCAUCUUUUAAUCAAAUGGAGCUGGCUCACAAUAUAAAAAUUGAUUUAAUAUGAUCAAUCUUUUAAACCAUAAAUCAGAUUUGCCAAAUUAUGGUAAAGUGUCAAUAAUAAACUAUAAUAAUAAUAAUAAUAAUAAUAAUAAUAAUAAUAAUAAUAAUAAUAAUAAUAAUAAUAAUAACAAUAAUAAAGCAGGUUUUGGGGUUUUUGCUGAAUGACACUAUUUUGCUACCGCCCAUGAUAAAGACCCUAGUCAUGGCCUAGGAGGUACUCUAAAACGGUUAGCAACACGUAAAAAAACGGUGCAUUCAAAAUAACCCAAUAAAUAUUCCUUUCACAAAAAUAGAUUGAUCAAGGUAGGGGAACAGCAUCUAAUUACAACGUUCCUCUAAUGUUGCCAUAUCAGCGCUUUGGCAUUCAAUUACAGCUGAUUAAAAGCGUUUUCAACUGAAAUCGAGUGAUAAAUAGCCCAAUAAGAAGUGAACAAGCAAGUUUCUAUCGAAAGUUUUGCAAAAUUUGUUGUUUAAAUAGUGAAAAUGAGCAAAUUGGACGAAACUAGGAGCGAGGACUUAACCUGCCAAACAUACGAGAAUUUCCCCUAUUAGCCAUUUGAAUAAAUAUUUGCGUAAAAUAUAAAAAAAAAAUAAAUCAAACAUCUCCCAGAACACCAGGGAGCAGUUAUUGAUCAGCUCGCCUGUGUGCUUCUAGCAGAUGCGGCAAAUUGAUAUAGGUAAUCUCGAAAACACAAAACUUUAAAAUUCGAUAUCUCUGGAACGAAACAUAUUCAUUUCUGUCGAUAAGUGAUUCUUCUGUAAAAUUGGCCGGGGAACACGAUGGUGAGGUCAAAUAAAAAAAAUAAGUUGGGGUGUUUUGAGAUACGGCCGUUUAAAGUUUCCAAUUGCGCAAUACAGGUAGAAAAAAUAAAUUAAUCAAUAUUUUGAUCACGGAAAUGGAUUCUACGUCCAAUUUCCUUCAAAUUUAAGUCUAAGCCGUUUGAAACUAGGAGGUUUGGUCAAAAAUUGCCGAAAGUCGAUUUUUUGGGGAGGUACAAAAAUGGAGGGGGUGGUCCGAUUUGGAUGAAAUUUGGGAUUCUUGCAUGUUUUGAUAGUAUCAACAGCUCUGCCAAAUUUGAGCAGGAUCGGAGAGGGUAAUUUUCAAAUUUGCACUUUUUCGUGCACAGUUGAGAUAGAAUGACCCAUAUUUGAAAUUGCUAUUAACUUAAUUUGUUGCACGGAACUUGUGAUUUUGUUGAACAUUUGUUAUGUCAAGUAAAAGUAAAUCUUUACCUGUUCCUGAGGGGAACACCCGUGAAGAGUAUCGGGGCCGGCAUUUACAAAGCGGAUUCAGUGACAGUUCAUUAAUCAACUUAAUGUUAACAUGUUAAGGUUAAUGUUAACAUUCCAUAGGUUGUCUUCCUAAGGUGUCUUUGAUAAGGUCCAGUUUGUGACGAUACACUACCUUCCCUUUACUAAGCAAUCGAAACCAGAAGGGAAAAGAUCACCAGUUGUGAUGGUCCGAGCCGGGAUUUGAACCCCGAUCUACCGCUUACUAGGCGGAAGCGUUACCACUGGGCUACGUGGCUCGGUGUUUUGUCAAGACAAACAUAAAAAUAGCUGUAAAAGAAUUAUAUUGUUUCUAAUAAUUAUUACACAACCAACCAAUACCAACAAACUUACUGAUUAGAUUUUACUUCCCAUCAGUCCGCAGUUUUACUACGAUAUUUUCAUUACGAAAGGCAUUUUUCUUCAUUAUAUCGCGUUAUUUCGCCGGUCGAAACACUUGCGCUUCCGUGAAUAGUGGAGUUUAGUGCAAUAAUUGUGAUAUUGUGACUUAAUUCGUGUAAUUAAUAUUACAUCCGCGCCGUUGUUUUCGUCGUCCUCGCGAAGCAUUGUAGCCUAAUAACACUGCACUCGUCACCCGUAGUUGCGCCACCUCUCGCGCACUAGUGAAGCAGUGCCGUUGCAGUGUGUGUUCUGUUUACCUUUCGUAACUACCCAGUCGAAAGAACGGGCCAAAAGCGGGUCAAAAGCGUUCCUUGUUUUUAAACGAUUUUCGGACAAAUUUCGGAUCGAAGAUGCCUAAAUCUGGAAAGAUUGAGGUGGUUGCGUGCUGUGAAGCCGGUUCUCGUGGAACGAAGAUUAGUUGUGAAUUUUGCGCCAAGAGCUGGCAUAUAAAGUGCGCCAAUAUUACUGCGAGCGCACUCAAAACACUUCGCGACACUGGUGGUGCGUGUUGGCUUUGCCCGAUGGGAGACAACCUGCUUCGAAUGAUACCAACAAGCUGAUCCUCCAGCGUGUCACAUCUGCGCUGUUGCUCAUCGGGAAUUUGACGGAUACAAUGCGAGUCUUCUGUCGGAUGUACUCUGCAUCGCUCUCGACGCCCGUUCCGACGCUGCCGCCGUCAGCUGCUCUUGAUCCUGACCUCUCCGACGCCUUUCACGCCAAUCUGAGCAAUCUCUUUGACUCGAUUCUUGGUGAUGGGAACAAAAGGCCCCGUACGAGCAGCUUGUCCAGGCCAUCUGAAGUUCAACCCGAGAAAAUUCUGAGAGUUGACGUUCCGGUUGACCAAACUAUCGAGUCAAACAUUACAGUUCCUCCCGUUUCAGACGCUGCUGGCACUUUCCCGACGGCCACACCAGAAAAUUUGGCCGCUAUCACUACCACUCAGUCGGCCGCGACUCUGCUGGCCGCCGCUGUACUCGGCGUUUCUCCUUCGGCUUCCCAGCAAUUGCCCGCCGCCGCCUCGCCAGUCACUCCGCUGGCUAUCUCUCAGCAGCUCGGCGCUUCUCAGCCGGCCGGUUUCCAGCAAUCCCCAACCGCCGAAACCGCCGCCCCCCCGCCGGUUGCCAAUCCGCAAGUAGCCGCCGUCGCAGCAAUUCCGCCUACAAUUCAGUCCGGCGUACCACCGCUCCCCUCAGCAAGUAGCCGACCUGUCGCAGAUGGAUUUGUCGUCCCCGCAGGUUCUGCAGCCGCUGCGAAUCAUGCAACAGGCCCCGCCACAAUCGCUAACUAUGCCCUCGUCCCAGCCUCUAGUUUCGCCACCACCGACCAUGCUUUCCGCCCAGCCUCUGGUCAAGCCUCAGCCGCCGCCGCCGCAAAUCAUGCCCUCGCUCCAGCCUCUGAUUUCGCCGCCGCCGCCGCUAACACUGGCUCCGCCUCCGCCUCUGAUUACGCAGCCGCUGCAGACUGCGCCGCUAGCAUCAACCUCUGCUGUUACACCCAGCUUCCACAACGAACUUGCCGCCCGCUCUUCAGCAGUUAUCAACGCCAACCAACAAUCGACAAGACCUACUGUUAAUUUUAUACCAUACCCGACCAGUUUUACCGUAACCGAAGGAAAUCAUAUUAACGUUUAUGGACCUAGUCCACCACUGCUUGAUCAGCAGCUUACAGUCAGUUCCACCCAGAAUGCUCAAACACGCCAAACAAAUUGUAUGCCACACACCACUCAAACCACUUUAGACCACAAUCAAACAUCGAUCAGUCCCUCACCACCUAGCAAUCUCAAUCAGCCCCACCAUACAUUACUUGUAGCCCAUCUUGCGCAACCAGCACCAGAGCUGAAAUGGUAUUACGUUUCUCGAUUCUUGCCAAACGAGACUCCCGAAAACUUGAUUCGCUACAUUCGAAACCAAACGAAUUGUGACCCAGCCUCAAUCGUGUGCCAGAAGCUAGUUCGCAAAAAUCGUAAUUCGAACAGACCUCUCACAUUUCUCUCAUUCAAACUAAGUGUCCCUGAAUCGAUCGAGAACUCAGUCAUUGCUGCUGAUUUUUGGCCUGAAGGAGUUACCAUUAAGCCUUUUUUACCGAAUCGGCAGCCCGCCGAACAAACUGGUCCUCCCCUGGUCAGCCUCUAGCAGCAGAACAGCCGUACGCCAAUCAGGAGCAAUCCACGCACAGCAACCCCUCGUCGCCGACCCUCACUUACCAUGACACCGAGCCAAUCGUUGACGCAGCGGGCAGCCUACCCGUAUCCUCACAACCUGUCGUGGCCUCCGUUCCAUCCCAACCAGCUGACGGUGCCUUCCGUAUACCAGUACAUGCCGCUGUACAGUCGGAUGCCAGAGUUCAGCAACAUUCAACAAUCAACAAUGGUUUGAUCUCACCUAGAUCAUCUACUCAGACUUUACUUGCUGAUUUAGUCUCUUCAAAUCGAAUUGCUCAACCUGUUGUAUCCACGAAUCUGCUGCUUUACUAUCAGAACGUUGGAGGCAUUAAUACCACUAUCGCCAACUACGCCCUUGCAAUCUCUUCUGCCUCCUACGACCUGUACGCAUUCUCUGAAACGUGGUUGACCUCAGCUACUCUAUUUGGUCAAAUCUUUGGUCCCGAAUAUGAAGUAUUCCGUGGAGAUCGGACCGUCUCGAACAGUAUUAAAGAGUCAGGCGGGGGAGUUCUGCUUGCCGUCCGCUCCAAACUAAAG